AUGGGGUCCAUGGGCACAGCCCUGGUCCUCCUGGUGCGGUUCUGGGCCCUGCAAGGAGCCACAGGUCUGAGUGUGCAACAGGGGCCUAAGUUGCUGCAGGGGAGGCAGGACAGCCAGGUGACCUUGACCUGUCAGGUGGUACAGUCUCAGGCCUGGGAGCAGCUCCUUGUCGGGUGGACCAAGGACAGUGUUACCUUGUGCCCACCGGACAUUGCCAGCAGCAACCUCAGCCUGGAGGUCUGUGGGCCUCAGGGACGGCUCUUCCGGCGACCACCUGGCAAUCUCACUUUGCAGCUGGACGCGAGAAUCAACCACAGUGGGAACCACUUGUGCUGGGCAACCAUGGAGCUUCCUGAGUUGGUGGAGGCCAUGGGCGAUGGAGCGCAGCUCCAGGGCACAGGACUCUUCAUGCUGCUGGAGGCCGGGGUCAUGACCUUGGCUGUAUCAAGCGGGGCGCCCGGCUCUGGGGCUCCUGCCUCAAGGACGCAGGGGAGGGCGCAGGUAGUGGCGCCAGGGCAGAUGGUUCUGGAGCCAUCCACUGGGCACCCUUCUCCGAGCGAGCGGCGUAGCAACAUCCUCUGCUGGCCCAGGGGCUCCCAGAGGACUGAGGCCAGGCCUGUGGAGGGGAAGGUGCUGGACACCCCCAGGGAGGGCCAGCAGGGCCGUUCCUUCUAUUCCACCGCGUUUCCCCAUCCCCAACCUCGGUGGCAUCUGGCCCCCAAACCUUGCCCCAGCCCCAGCCCGUCACCCCACGUCUACAGGCAGAAUCUCUCCUGA